CUAGUCUUCUUCAGAGCGUUAAAGGAGGAGGACUAAGGCAAAAGGGGUUUUUAAUGGUCGAAUGAGAUUUUGAAAAUUGGAAGUGUGUUGCAUUUUGUGCGUUAAUAUCAGAGGAUGGCGCACACACGACGCAUGGUUCACAGCUGCAGCUUCAUCUUUUUCUUUGUCCUGCUCGAUUGCGCACACGGAGACCUGAGCUAUUCUGUACAAGAGGAGCUGAAACGUGGAUCUAUCAUUGGAAAUAUCGCCAAGGAUCUCGGAUUGGAGGUGGGGAAAAUGUCUGCUCGCAAGCCUCGUGUUGACAUGGAAAGAAAUGACAAACAGUAUUGCGGAAUAAACCUCCAGACAGGAGAUUUAAUGGUUGCUGACAGGAUCGACCGAGAGGAGCAUUGCGGUGAAAAACCUUCCUGUGUUCUAAGAUUCGAUCUGCUGCUGGAGAAUCCUUUGGAACUACACAGGUUGUCUCUGCAAGUGCAGGACGUGAAUGACAAUGCACCGAUUUUCCCGAAAGAUGUUGUGAGGCUGGAAAUCCGUGAGUCAGCUGCCAAAGGAGCUAAAUACCGCCUUAAUGCAGCACAUGAUGCAGAUAUCGGAACAAAUUCGGUUCAAAGCUAUAUUUUACAACGAAAUACUAAUUUUGUGUUCCAUAUUCAGACAACCAAUUCGGGCGGUGAAUAUGGUGAGCUGAUUUUGGAUAAGGAAUUAGACAGAGAAGAACAGCAGGAAUUAAAAUUACUCCUUACAGCAGUGGAUGGUGGUUCUCCUCCCAGAUCUGGUACAGUAGUCAUACAUAUCAUUGUACUUGAUGCUAAUGACAACGCCCCAGUUUUUACUCAGGCUGUUUAUACAUCAUCUGUCAAAGAAGACGCCGCACUUAAAACACCAGUUAUUACUGUGAGCGCAUCAGAUGCAGACGAAGGUGUAAAUGGUGAAAUAACAUACGAGUUCAGCAGAAUGUCUGAUAAAUCAAGAAAUAUUUUUUCUCUCAAUGAUAAAACCGGAGAAAUAUUUGUGAUAGGCAAGAUGGAUUAUGAAGAGGAUUCGACGCACGAAGUGUAUGUUGAAGCUAAAGAUGGUUAUGGACUUUCUAGUGUGACAAAAGUAGUAAUUGUUAUAAUUGAUGUAAAUGACAACGCUCCUGUGAUCAAUUUAAAGUCACUCUCUAAUCCAGUACCUGAAAAUGUGUCACUUGGUACAGAGGUGGGCAUCAUUAAUGUUCAGGACAGAGACUCUGAGAAGAACGGACAGGUCCGCUGCUCCAUUCAACAAAAUGUCCCCUUUAAGUUAGUUCCUUCUAUUAAAAACUAUUAUUCUCUGGUGACUACUGGACAACUGGACCGUGAACUAGUGUCUGAUUACAACAUUACAAUCAGUGCCACUGACGAGGGCUCUCCUCCUCUGUCCUCCUCUAAAAGUCUUCACUUAUCCGUAGCAGACAUCAAUGACAACCCACCUGUGUUUGAGGAACAGUCCUACAGUGCAUAUGUGAGUGAAAAUAACAAAGCUGGCUCCACUUUAUGUUCCGUUAGUGCUCGAGACCCCGACUGGAGACAGAACGGUACCGUGAUUUAUUCUCUGUUAGCUGCUGAGGUGAACGGUGCCCCGGUGUCCUCCUAUGUGUCUGUUAACGGAGACACAGGUGUGAUCCACGCUGUCAGGUCAUUUGAUUAUGAACACUUGAGGAGUUUUAAAGUCCACGUCAUGGCCAGAGACAACGGUUCUCCUCCGCUGAGCAGCAACGUGAGCGUCAGUGUGUUCAUAUCGGAUGUGAAUGACAACUCUCCUCAGAUACUGUACCCCUCCCCAGAGGGUAACUCCUUCAUGACAGAGCUGGUCCCCAAAGCUGCACACGGAGGCUCUGUGGUGUCCAAAGUGAUAGCGGUGGACGCAGACUCUGGACAGAACGCCUGGCUGUCCUAUCAUAUAGUCAAGUCCACUGAUCCGGGACUUUUCACCAUUGGUCUCCACAGUGGAGAGAUCAGGACCCAGCGGGACAUUUCUGAAUCCGACAGCAUGAAACAGAACCUGAUUGUGGCAGUGAAAGAUAACGGACAGCCCCCUCUCUCUGCCACCUGCUCCAUGUAUUUACUUAUUUCUGACAACUUGGCUGAGGUGCCAGAACUGAAGGACAUUUCUUAUGAGGAGAAGAAUUCCAAACUGACGUCUUAUCUGAUCAUCGCGCUGGUGUCUGUGUCCACCUUCUUUCUGACCUUCAUCAUCAUCGUCCUGGGUGUGAGGUUUUGUCGCAGGAGAAAGCCCAGACUGUUGUUUGAUGGAGCAGUUGCCAUCCCCAGCGCGUAUCUGCCUCCUAAUUACGCAGAUGUUGACGGCACAGGAACUUUACGCAGCACCUACAACUAUGACGCCUACUUGACAACAGGUUCUAGAACCAGUGACUUUAAGUUUGUGUCUUCUUACAAUGACAACACGCUGCCUGCUGACCAGACUCUGAGGAAAAGUCCUUCUGACUUUGUUGAUGAUCUUCAGGAUUCUUUCGACCCUUUGGAGGUAGGACCCUUUUGCGAAUUUAUGACAAUGCCUGAAUACAAAUGUUUGUAAAUGCACUCAUUAUUUAUGAAGGACAGUAUUUAUAUAUUGAUUAUCAUGGCAGUUUCUUGAGCUAUAUUGUGAUCAUGGUUUGAUAUUAUUGAUGUCUUAAUGCAUAUUUUGUGUCAAGAUUUUUCUGAGAUGACACAUACUGAAAAGCUAAAAAAAAGACUAAAAUGACACAUUCAUUACCUUUUUUAACUGGCUGUGUUUGUGUGGUCGCUUUUGUAUAGUCGGUUGUGACUUGAGAAGAACUGAUUGUACAUUUCAGAUUUUCAUCAUACUUUUUGAUGCUUUGCUUUGCCAAUCAACAUUGUUAAUCAAGAUCUUUAUAUC